GAUUAAUCUCUUUCGAAAGAAAUCACAGGACAAUGAAUCGAUAACAGCUGAAUUAAACGACUAAACUCAAACCACGAUCUUUUUUCCGUGCAUCGUUGCCACAUACAUCUUUUGGACUUCCAGGAUUGGUCCUCUGAGGCUGCUGAAGCAAAGGCUUGAUUGAUAUAGUAUCUUUACUUCGCCGCUUUGAAGGCAAAUAAGCUCAAUUUUGUGGCAAUUGGCAUUGAGGCAAUAAAGCCAUUCAAAGAAAUUCUUUAGCAAAUACUUUUCGCCCAUUAGUCAUAGAUUUGUGGAAAUCUUUCCUUUAAAUUCCCUAAAAUGAGCCCAGCUCACGUUGCCGCAGCAAUUGAAAACCAUGGCUUUCGAAGAUUCAUUCCAAAUUCUCCCCUAAGAAAAUACUUGGCAGAAAAAUCUCCUGAAUUAGACCUGUCCUCGAAAUCGUGCCUCUCUUUAACACAGGUUCUGAAAAGUUUAAAAAUCAUAAUCUCAAGGGAUAAGCUUUUCGAUGAGCACAAUACCUUCAUCAUCCUUUGUGACGAUUGCCUAGAGAAAGCUCUGGGCAUGAAGGCCCUUCAUCUGAAUCAAAUAAGGGAAGUUGUUGUCCGGCAAUUGCCUCUGAUUUCUGACCAAGGUAAUCUUAUCGCCCCUGCAUCGUCUAACCCAAACGUUUCGGGGCUGAUAUCGGGUCCUCGAGCGAGUGAGGGGGCGGAAACGACCCUGUCAGGUAGCGACAAUAACCCAAUUGUGAUCCCACGUCCACACGGUGCUAAUAUAGAUCAGGGACCCCCAGCCAUGGAACUGAUUCCAGCGAAUCGACUAUUCCGAGUGAAGCCGAAAUUCCUGGAAGUUCUUCGCCAAGUGAAGGGGGUCCCACUCGGACAAGAAAUAUUCUCUUAUAGCGAGGUCACGAGGUUUUUAUCUCAAUACAUUAUUCAGAAGAAAGCGCAGUUCUUUGAUGUGAGGAACAUCAAAGUGGCCAUUGUCAAAGGAGACACCCUUGGUGAAGCAUUUGGAGUCAAGGCGUUCCACCGAAAUCAAGUCACACCCUAUCUUAGAACCCAAAUUAUACCAUACGUACCUACAAGUAGCAAACUCGAGCCAAAUACGCCUGAUAGUUCGAGCUCGGCAAGGUCAAACGGAAACCCGUCUGUGAUAAAUCAAGAUACAUCCUUACCCCAAAGCGUGGAGUUGACUACUGACUUGAACGUGUCCUCGACCACCCCCAUUAGCAACUUGUCAAUCCCAAAGAGUGCUAAAAUGAAUUGUUUCAUGCAACCUCCCACAUCCAAUUAUUCUGUGAUGCGAUCUGAAGUGCCAGGAUCCUCCUCUCAUGACUCGUUCAUUUCAAUGUCUUCCCCUGGGUCAAUCCGGAAACGAUCGAACUCUGAAGCCUCUGAAAAGGAGUCCAGCUCCAUUGUGAAGAGCUCUCCAUCACCGAAGGCAGCUCAAGUCUCGAAAAGGCGACGGGUUUCGAGAAGUUACUCGGUGGUGAUCCACGAUUUUUCGUCCAGUGACGAGACUAUCUACUCGGAACAGGGCUACGAGACCGUGGUUCUCUGCUCUGUGGAUGAUAGUGAUCAUUCGGAUGAAUCGAAUGCUAGCACCGAGGUCCCUGAUAAUGCUCAUCAGGCCGAAGAAGAGUUCACGGAAUUCGAAGUCGACACCGAUAGUGACCAUAACAAUGCUGAAAACGAUGAGGUGGAUAGUGCGGAGGACUCGGAUAUUGAGGAUGUGGUCUUGAUCGCUUCAUCCCUAUUGCUGGAUCAAGAUACAGAAUUUUGGGCGGAUUCCGAGUCGGAUACCGCGGACGAUUCGGACGAUGUGCCAUUGAGCAACUAUGAUCCGGAAUUAGGUGGAAAAGGUGUGGAGGUUUGGCGUUGCAUCAAUUGCAAUGAACCUAACACGCCCCACAUGCGUCUUUGUUCUAGGUGUUGGAAGGAACGGAAUGGUUGGGUGCCAAGUCGGUCUCAUCCUCGACGUCGGAAAAAGAAUAAGGCCACCAAAGGUCAGCCAAUCAAAGGGGGCUCGUCGAAUUCGAAGGAGAUCCAAGAACGAGACAGUAGUGACAUGGAGACUACCGAAGAUGAAAACGAUAGGGAGCUAGAUCAAAAGGUUUUAGGUACUUCUCGAGUUGCACCCGAGGCAUGCAGCUCAAAUUCCAACAACCUCGUGGAAGGUUCAUCCUCUCAGAAAUAUGUAACAGAUGCGGACAGGACUGGAUUGAUGGAUUCUCAAACGCUUUCUGGUUGCUCUCAAGCGGAUUCGGGUUAUGGUUUGUCCCAGGAUUCUCAAGAAGAAGCGGAUGAAUUUGGAGGCCCAUCCUCCAAACGGGCUGAUGGAAUGGAUACGAGCUCAUGCACUACUGGUACUACUACUACUACUACU